UUUGGAUACAUUACACGUCCAGACAGGUUCAGAGUCCUGUACCCGUGUUACUGUUUAUUGGAAUAAGUGAUAAGCGCGGGUGAGUUCAUGUGAGCACAGAGGCGGUUUAACAUUCAACCGCAGCUGCACUGGAUUUGCAAUCAGCCUGCUGGAGAAGUGCUCGGCAAUGGCUCGACGUGUAGCGGUGGUCGGAGGAGGCAGCGCUGGUCUGAUCGCAAUCAAGAUCUGCAUUGAUGAAGGCCUGGAGCCGGUCUGCUUUGAAAGCAGCGAUGACAUUGGCGGCCUGUGGAAAUUUAAGGACUCCCCUGAGCCGGAGCGAACCAGCAUUUAUCGCUCCUUGGUGGUCAACACCUCCAAAGAGAUGAUGUGUUUCAGUGAUUUUCCCAUGCCCGCUGAUUAUCCGAAUUACAUGCGCAGCUCCCAGCUGCUGCAGUACUUCAGACUCUAUGCUAAGCACUUUGACUUGCUCAGACACAUCCAUUUCCAGACCACAGUCAGGAGUGUCACACCAAGGGCGGAUUUCUGUCAGUCCGGACAGUGGGAUAUAGUGACAGUUAACAGGGACGGAGAGGAAGAGAGGCGGGUCUUUGACGCUGUUCUGGUGUGUUCGGGCCACUACACCCAACCGAUCUUUCCCCUGUCAGAGUUUCCAGGACAUGAGACGUUUUCCGGCAGGUGUUUUCACAGCUGGGACUAUAAAGAUGCGGAUGCAUUCAGAGGAAAGAGGGUUGUGGUGGUUGGAAUUGGCAAUUCUGGAGGAGACAUUGCAGUAGAGAUAAGUAGAGCUGCAGAGAAGACGUUUCUCAGCACUCGUCAGGGGGCCUGGGUGGUCAGCAGGAUGUCCAACAAUGGUCUUCCCUUGGACAUGACCUCGAUCACCAGGCUGAACAGCAUCCUCAUGAAGCUUUUUCCCAGCAGUUUGGUCAACUGGGUGGCAGAGAGAUCGCUGAACCAAAAAUACGACCACAGACUGUACGGCCUGUGGCCCAGACACAGACUUUUGGACAGGAGGCCUUUGGUCAACUGUGACCUGCCUGAUCAAAUCCUUCAAGGAGCGCUGGUGAUGAAACCCAAUCUGAGAGCCUUCAGGGACUCCGGGGUCGUCUUUGAAGAUGGCACCGCAGAGGAGAACAUUGACGCUGUGGUCUUCUGUACAGGUUAUAAAGCAAACUUCCCAUUCCUGCCUCCAGGUCUGUCUGAAGGGCCUGACCAAGAGUUGACAUUGUAUAAGAGACUGUUUCCUCCUUCUCUAUCCAAACCCACACUGGCAGUCAUGGGUCUCUUCCAGACGAAAGGACCCAUCCAGCCAAUUAUGGAAAUGCAGGCGCGGUGGGCUGUGAGAGUCUUUUCAGGUAUGAGCUAUCUUCCGUCUGAGAAGAAAAUGAUGGAGGUUAUCGAGUGUGACACAAAGAGAAACAGCAAAAGCUAUCCGUGCCCACGGCAGGCCGCUCUCUAUGUAGAUUACAUCUCUUACCUAGAUUUCAUGGCAGGAGAGAUCGGGGUCCGACCAAACCUCCUGAGGCUAAUGCUGCGAGAUCCUGUGCUCUGGGUGAAGGUCGCCUUUGGUCCCUGCACUCCUUAUCAGUACCGUCUGACUGGGCCUGGACAGUGGGCCGGAGCCCGACGGGCCAUCCUCACUCAGUGGGAUCGGGUGGCUCAGCCUUUCAGAACCAGAGCAGUACCAGAACCAGAGAGCCGGUCGUCCGUCCUCUUCUCUCCAUUGCUGCUAGUAUUGGGUGGGACUGUGAUAACAGCGGUGCUCAUGUCGAAAAAUGAGACUGUUCCAGCUCAGAUUCUGGACAGGUGCAAGAUUUUCCUCAAGGACUCCUGGUUUACAGGUUAUCCACAGUAACACAAUGAAAUCUGGAUGUAGCUUCUGCAAUAUAGGGUCCAAAAUGAUGUCCAUAUGUUAUAAUAUAGACAUCGCAAUAGACACAGAUUACAGACCUUUAAUGUCCAAAAAUACAAUUGAAGCAAAAGACCAAAAAGUCUGAGAAUGUUUUAAAGUCAUGACUUCUACUUUAGCCCUUUUACUUUGGUGAACAAAUACUUUAUAUGUAAUAAAGGGGGUUUGUACAGUGUUUUAAGUAGCUUGCACUCUUCUCACAGGUGAGCAGGAAAACUUUUAAUCAAAAUAUGUGUGUCUUUUUGUCUUGUGUGUCAUUCAGACACCAGACAUAAAACGUGUGCCUAAUAUUUUCAAAAUAAGAGGAAUGCCUCAGUAUAGGUUGGUUAACUUUGAAGAAAAUGCUCCUGAAUAAUUGAAUUUAGGAGAGUAAACCACAAAGUCCAGAGAGAGUGAAUAAGCUGGUGAACAGCUCCAUCUGGUGGCGUUGUAGUGUUGUUUAAACCAUCAGCAAUUACAAGCUUGUGUUCAGCUUUAUAUAAACUAGUGUAAAAUCUGGCAUCCAGAUGUUUAUGCAAAUUAAGCCAUCUGAGCCUUUGAGUGUUUUAUUUUGUGUGUGUGUGUGUGUGUGUGUGUGUGUGUGUGUGUGUGUGUGUGUGUUUGAGAAACCAAUCUUUCUUGUUAUGGCACUGAAUUUAUUAAGGUUGCAAUAAAAUAAAUUAGUUUCA